GGCUUAUCGCUGGAAACAGUCGAAAAAUCAGGGCCGCCGAGUCGUUGGCCCAAGCGCUGCCUAUAGAUUAUUGAGUAAUGAAAAUUGCAGACUCUUUUCUCCGCCGCUUCUCUUCCCUUCCCCUCCUUCUUCUUCCUGAUAUUCCAUCUUCUUCUUCUCGCGCUUGCACUCUCAACCUCUGAAGACAAUCUGCACAUUCUCUCUUCUUCCUGCUAGUCUACGGCCAGCAUAGCGAACCGUCAUUCGAAGAUCAAGCCAGAAGACUCGACCGUCGUGGAGAGGGAUAGCCGUAAGGUCUAAAAUACUUUUACGGGACGAUGGUAUUAACACGACAGCCAAGGUCUCUCGUUUCUACCGACGAUAGCUUUCCCACUCUCCAGCUCUUUCUGUUGGCAAUAUGUCGUGUCGCAGAGCCCAUAGCCUUGACCUCCAUCUUCCCAUACUCAUGGGUAAUGGUCAAGGACUUUCACAUGGCGAACGGUAGCGAUGCUUCCUUUUACGCUGGCAUUUUGAUCUCCGCUUUUUCACUCGCCGAAGCUAUGACGGGUAUGUUCUGGGGUAGCCUUUCGGAUCGGGUUGGCCGGAAACCCGUUCUUUUGUGUGGUUGCUUUGGGACUAUGCUCUCGUUGCUCCUAGUUGGGUUGGCUCCGAACUUUUGGGUUGCGCUUGCGGGACGGGCGUUAGGGGGUGCGUUAAACGGGAAUAUUGGGGUGAUUCAGACGAUGGUUGGGGAGUUGGUCAAACGGCCGGAGCAUGAGCCUCGUGCUUAUGCUAUUAUGCCUUUCGUCUGGUCCAUUGGGACUAUCAUUGGACCAGCAAUCGGAGGUCUUCUUGCUAGACCCUCGGAGAGCUACCCUUCGCUAUUCCCUUCCGAAGGUCUCUUUGGACGGUUUCCGUAUCUUCUUCCCAACUUGGUCUGCUCCGUCCUGUUGCUGUUGAGCAUUAUUGGCGGCUGGUUCUUCCUUCAGGAAACCCAUCCAGAGAUGCAAUGCCACAGCAUCCAUUUAUUCUUUGAGCACACCUCAGCUGAACAACCUCUUCUCGCAACUUCCGGUGCAACCGCUAACGCUGGCGUUGACCUCCGAGCCGAAUCUUACGGAACCUUUAACCAAGUCAGCAUACAUGAAAGCUGGGACGUCAUGGAAGAUGGGACGUCUAUCGCCUGGAAAAAGUCUCAGAAACCAAAAGCUUUCACGUGGCGGGUGACAAUGCUGGUGAUCGCGCUGGCCAUCUUCACAUACCACUCCAUGACCUACGACCAUCUUUUGCCUAUCUUUCUGCAAGACGAAAAAUCCCCUGGUCACUCGCCAGGCCAUCACUCUCUCCUCCAUAUUCCAGGUGGAGUCGGCCUCUCAACCCAGACAGUAGGCAUGAUAAUGUCUACGGAUGGGAUCAUCGCCCUCGUUAUCCAAAGCCUCAUCUUCCCCGCCCUAGCCAGCUGGCUCGGCGUAUGGCGUCUCUUCGUCGUCGUGACAAUCCUCCACCCGGUCGCCUACUUCAUGGUUCCCUUCGUGGCUAUCCUCCCCCAAAAUCUGACCUUCGUCGGUAUCUACGCCUGUCUGAUCGUCCGCAACAUCUUGUCGAUCAUCGACUACCCCGUGCUCCUCAUCUUGAUCAAACAAGCUAGUCCCUCGGACUCGGUGCUGGGCAAGAUCAACGGUCUUGCUGCCUCGGCGGGUGCUGCUUCUCGGACUAUCGCGCCUCCCAUUGCGGGAUUUCUGUAUAGUACCGGUGCUGAAGUGGAAUGUACGGCGCUUGCUUGGUGGGGGAGUUGUUUCGUCGCGUUGCUAGGUGCGGUUCAGCUUUGGUUUAUUCAGCGCAAGAGAGGUUCUUCGGCUACGAUGGCUCCUGCGGUGACGUGUCAAUACGUUCCUGUUCCGGAGCAAGUGCCGAAUGAUAUCGUGCAUAUCAUCGUGACAGAUUAUGAUGCUGAUGCUGAUGCUGCUCAGGCUGAUGUGGGUAUUGCUUCGGUGUCGCAAUGAGUGGGUUUCCUUCGAAACUGCUUCAAGAUUUUCCCGAUCUGCUUUCUCACAUCCUGACGGGGAUUCGUGGGUAUCGCCUUUUCUGUCGCUGUCUUGUUUUCGAUUAUUGCUCCUGUUUUAGCGACUAGCCUGCAUAGCUUUUAGCGGUCUGUUAUAUCCAUCAUAGAGAUUUAGAAUUUUUCAAAAAUUAAGUUAAACUCUUCUGCUCAUUAUAUUACACGUAAUGAUUCCCUUAUUCAAUGAUGCG